AGGAGGCUGAGUGCACCUGCAUCUGCGCGGGACUGCGCUCUGCGCUCUCAGCCAUGGAGCCGCUGGGCAAGCACAUGUUGAGGGCGGAGCUCGAAAGCUUCUUUGAUAUUCUGGAGGAGAGGAGGCAGAGCAGCGACAUAAGCCACGCCCUCAGGACGUUCAGCGCUCAGCCGUAUCACGAGGCCACGCCCCCUUCUGUUAAGGCUCUCAAUAGGAUGGUGUUGGAAUCGCAGUUCCUGCGCUACGUUAUCGCAGAGGUCGCUGCGGAGUCCGGAGAGCCGCCUGAGUGCGUGAAGGAAGAGGCCGCUGGGAUUCUGGACAAAAUGGCUCAGAACCUGCAGCUGAGCUUCAUCCGUCUGCUGGGUUUCUCGCUCAGUAAAAUCUUCAAAAGGCUCUUCCGCUCCAUCUGGGUCAACGAGGACGGACUCGCACGGCUCCAGCAGGCUAUUCAGGAGCAUCCCGUUAUUCUGAUGCCCAAUCACAGGAGCUACAUCGACUUCUUGGUUCUGUCCUACAUCAUGUUCACCUACGACCUCUCCAUCCCCGUCAUCGCUGCUGGAAUUCCUCUGAUGGGAAUGUCUCUAAUUGGUGAGAUAUUCCGACGGUCGGGAGCGUUCUUCAUCCGGCGUUCGAUUGGCUCGGAUAAGCUCUACUGGGCAGUGCUCUCUGAGUACGUCAGGACUAUAGUGCGGACGGGUUUUGCUCCUGUGGAGUUCUAUGUGGAAGGGCUGCGCAGCAGGACCCUGAAGUCUCUGACGCCAAAGCUGGGUCUGAUGCAGAUGGUCUUGGAGCCGUUUUUUAAAGGAGAGGUGUAUGACGUCCUUCUGGUUCCGGUCAGCAUCAGCUAUGACCGCGUUCUAGAAGAAACCCUCCUUGCUCACGAGCUGCUGGGUGUCCCCAAACCCAAAGAGACCACAACGGGUUUGCUGAAGGCUCGGAAGGUUCUGGAGGACGACUACGGCUGCAUGCACGUGUGCUUUGGAAAGCCUGUGUCUGCAAGGGCUCUGGCUCAGGGAAGGGUCAACCGCGGGCAGUUUAACCUGGUGCCCAGAGGUUUGCCGCUGAAUGCGAGUGCGGAGCUGCAGGAGUUUGUGAACGGCGUGGCUCACCUGUUGGUGCGGCUGCAGGAGAAGAACAUGGUCCUCAGCCCCUGGAGCCUCAUGACCUUUACUCUCCUGCAGAGCCCUCAGGGUGUGGACUGGGACCAGCUUACUCAUAAAACCCUCUGGCUGCGGACCCUCGCCCUGCGGUUUGGUGCCCACCUCAACUGGCCUGCUCAGCUUGCAGAUUCGGAGGUGAUGUCUGACAGCCUGGCCCUGCAUCACUCCAUAGCCUGCCGCGAGAAGGGGCGUGUCCAGUUGGUUGAAGAGGUGGGGCCAGGCCCUGUCACUCAAGAGGAGGCCGUGUUCAGGAAGGCAUCUGCGGUGCUCAUGUGCGCUUCCUACAGGAACCAAGCGCUGCAUGUUUUCACGCGGCCUGCACUGGUGGCUCUCGCCAUGACAACGGCUGCGAGUCCCAGGAAAGAGGACGUCUUCAGACGCUUCUGCUUCCUGCAGGAACUGUUCGCUAAUGAGCUGAUCUUCAUCCCUGGACACGCAGUGCAGGACUUUGAGGAGGGCUGUGAUGGUCUGCAGCAGUGUGGAGCGCUGACCAUCACUGACCAGACGCUGAGAGUAACUGAGGAAGAGCAGGACGCCAUCAUCUUCCUCACUGCCAUUCUGCAGCCUUUUAUUGAGACAUAUGAGGUGGUCUGCAGAAUCUUGUGUGAGGAGAGAUUUCAGACGUUCUCAGAGAAGAGCUUCCUGUCAUCCGUUCGUGAUGCCGUCAUCAAACUCCUGAUUUCAGGUGAGGUGCGGUCGUACGAGUGUUUGUCCUCCAACACUCAGAAGAACGUGCUGUGGGCUCUGCUCAGGAUGGGGGCUGUGUCUAAAUCCAGAGUAGCUGAGCAGAACGAGUACAGGGUGAGCAAAGCUGCAGUGAGGAGAAUAUGGGAAACUCUGGGAGGCAGGGUGACCCCUCAGGUGAUGUCGUACUCCAGGCUGUGACGCUGUGGUCUGAGGAGCUGGAGUGGAGUGCUGUUCUUCAUCCCUCCGUUCCUUCCCUGCUUUCAUCCAUCCCACGGCAGUGUGUCCCAGUCCAGAGGUCCCAGUGCUGGACAGUGUUGUCCCUGCUCUGACGUUCCUGAUGAGAAACCUGCUUUAUUUUGAUACAUAAACUCAACAUCCACUCUAACCCUAACUUUGACCUCAAUCUAGAGCCUAAACUUAAGCCUCACUCAAACUGUAACCUCAACCCAGUGGAUACUCAAUUGAGUUUCAAUACAGUUCCAUUGUUUAUUAGCAAUUUCAGCAUUUGAUAUAGAUAGUCUACAAAAGUACCACCCAAAUAAAGUGUGACUGAACUGACCGUCUUAAAUGAGGUGUUUUAGAACAACUGCACCAGUAACUACAUUUACAUGCACACAAUAGUCUGUCUAAGCCUUAUUUGGUUUCGUUUCCUUUAAUUCAGUUUGUUUUGAUGGGUGUGAACACUCCCCCAGUCACCCAAUCAUCCAAUCAAACAGCUGAACUGCGGCCCGCCAAAAAUUGCUGGUUUGAGUCGACUUCGUAGUGAAUCGUGGGUCAGUUUGCUGCACAUUUUUAUAAGGAUUUGCAUAAAAUUAGGGAGUUGAACUGCAGUGCAUGUGUUCCUCUCCUAAACUGUCUGCGUAACCUGCCUGUUCAAUGUCCUUAUUGUCCUUUAAACGAUUGCAGACGAGCAAUAAAAGUAUAGAAAAGACACGCAUUCGAUUUAGUCACAUGGAUGGCGGAACAUAUUUCUAGCCAAGCAUCGGCAACCAGGAACAAAUUCUUCAGUCAGGAAGACGGAGAUAUCAAGUAAGGUUUCUGGUCAUUGCUUGACUGUGAUUGUAAGUGAAGCACAUCAGUGUUUUGAGUGUGCGUAUCCCAGCCAAAUGUCUGACCAAUCAAAGACCAAUGUUUGUAAUUUGGUGCAUUUUAGCCGUUGCAGUGUGAAACCAAGGCUGCGUUCUUUCAGCAGGUAAAAGUGGCCCAAAUUAGAUGUUCACAUCUUUUAACCGUGACAUCAGAGGUAAACAAUCACACCUGCCAACGAUCGCCAGUCGCUUCAUCUUCACCGGCAUCACAGGAGCAUCAUGAAGCUUCACUGACUGACAGCUGGGCUCUUCACCCUGAAUGUGUUCGAGCUCGGCGUAAAAAGGGCGCGGUCACUUCUUCGGUUCACGUCCUCGGAUUCUUUAAACUUUGCUUUCGGACUUUUAACUGUUCUCUGACGCUGCUGGAUCGUUCUCCUGCGGCCGCGUUCGGACAUUUCUUUAGAAAUCUCUUCGAGCACGGAGGGUUUUGGAGGAGUCUCUGAUUUUUUGUACGGAAACAUCAGCCUUAAUAUUUAUGAGUCUCAGCAGUGCAGAAUUAUGACAAACGUGGAGCUGGAUUGACGUAAAAGUCGCAUGAAUUCCGAUCUGGCUGUUCGGACUGAGUCUCGUGGCCGCAGAUCGGAUAUGUAUCGGAUUUCAGUGCCACGUAUGAAAGCAUCUCAAAUCAGAAUCAAAUCAUCUGUGGUUUUUUUUGCUUUUCAUCUGUGUCACAUAUGAAGAAACGGAUCAGAUUUGGGCCACUUCUGCCUGCUGUGUGAAUACAGUCCAGGGAAGGAAAGGAGUGUCAGAGGAGCCUCAGAAACCAGACCCAGCCAAGACUAUCUACUUCUAAUAGUUCGGUCAGUAUCGGCCUGGACCAUGUAAUUAGACAUGCUACACUUAGUUGACGAAGACAAUCGAGCCGUUCUGUUUAUGGAGUCUUGGUUAAUCUAACCCGACUACUGUUAAUCCAUUGGUGUGCAUGUAAACAUAGUUACUGAAUACGGUCACCUUCAGAAUCAACAGCUACGGUUUUAAACUGAGUCACAUUCGAACUUCUGGUGUUGCUAUAAUCAGCUACGGUCAGUGGACCGGCCGUCUGAAUAAGCACCUUUAUCAAGGCGUAUUCUUUUAUUUGCUAUUUUCAUAAAUAAGUGAUAAACGGGCCUCAUCAAAGAACUAAAACAUGUUCCUUAACACAGUGACAUAACUGAAAUAAACAGUCUGUAGUCCUUUAGUGACCGUAGGUACAUUUAACACGGCCAUACUUUAAAUCCGCAGGUGUAAACAUUAUGAUUGUAGAUAGUAAUUUAUAACAGGAAGGUUAUAAGGUUAUAAUGUAAGGCCAUUGUGGCCAAACAACUGUGAAUUAAUGUGCCUUGACUGUAGGUUUUUAUGACACAACGGCAAUAAAACGUUGCUUCUAACUAUCAACUUCAGAGCGAACUGUCUGAUGAAUGAAUAUGUAAAUGAAUAUGUAAAUGAAUAUGUACAGCAGA